AUGGUUUUUGGGGCAUGCCUGAAUGCCGCUACAAUCGGGCCACUGCUCAGCGCCAGUAUUGUGGUUCUUGCGGAGGAUCUCAAGCGGCCUAUAACAGAAAUCACUCUUCUAACCGGUUACAAUUUGGUCGUUGCUGGGGCUUCCUGUCCUUUAGUUUCGGCUUUGGCUACCAAAUUUGGGAAGCGCCCAGUCUUUCUUGCCUCGUCAAUCGCAUCUCUUAUUGGGAGUAUUAUCGGCUCGGCCAGUCAAACAUAUAACACCCUCCUCGUUGGUCGAAUUGUUCAGGGGCUUUCGAUUGCAGCAUACGAAUCAAUCACAUUCACUUUGAUUGGUGACUUAUUUUACGUUCAUCAACGUGGGGUCUGGGUCAAUGUUAUCUCAUUCACUCUCACAGCUGUUUCAAAUCUGAGUUCCAUCAUAGCCGGGCCUGUUACAAAUAAUCUUGGAUGGCAUUACCUAUUUCACAUGCUGGUUGCAUGCUCAGGGCUCCAAGCGCUCUUACUUUUCUUCUUCGCGCCUGAAACCUGCUACAAAAGAGAUACUCGCUUCAACCAACGACUUUCAGCCGGCGAUGGGAAAGCUGAAACCAAGGGCGCUGAAACAAUAGAGCAUUUCGAGUUUUCCUCGAUAUCUGAACGUCCACCUGCUGCUCUCUUGAAGUCCCCCGGCAAGAGCUCGCUGCCCAUUUCUAUGCCUUACAAACCUUGCCGCGCUCUGGACCGUCGUCAUUACUGGUGUGGUCACCUCAACAUUCGUCGCAAUAUCUUACGUCGUGGCUCAAAUAUUCUCCCCACCCCCUAUCAACUCUCAGCAGCACAGAUCGGAUACAUGUCGGCCGGCCCAUUUAUUGGCGGUGCCAUUGGCUGUACUCUAGUCGCACAGACUUCAGAUCGUCUUGCCGUAUGGAUGGCAAAACGUAACAACGGCAUCUAUGAGCCAGAAUUCCGACUUCCCCUAGUUAUAUUUGCAUUUAUCAGCGCUGGUGGGCUCUUUGGAUUUGGCGCCACAGCACAAGCACAUGGGAGUAUUUAUCUAGUCGAUUUCAUGUGGGGCUUGACACUGGCUGGGAUCUCGUUUGCAGUCGGAUCCUGUUCGGCUUACGCGAUUGACGCUUUCGGGAAUAUGAGCAAUGAGAUCUUUGUGGCUAACGUUAUGUUCAAAAACUUUUUGUUCUUCGGCUACAGCUAUUUCAUCAACGACUGGAUUAUGAAAGAUGGGGUUGCAACCCCGUUUUAUGUAUUCGGGGGCAUCAGCGCUGGACUCAUUGUGACAGCCCUGCCUGUCUACCUGUUUGGCAAAAGAUACAGGGGUAUGUGGUGUCAUUAUAAUGUUAUGGAUCUGGUGAAAGGUAAAAUAUUUGGGCCAUUUUAG